AUGACCGCAGCAGUGACCUCAACAAAUCAAUUGCUAAGGAAGGAGAAGAAAAAGCAGAGCAAACAAGACAGAAGUAAGAUACUUUCAGAAAAAAGAAAAGACAGAAGGAAGAUGGUCGACGCCGCUGCCGCAGCCCCCCUCCUCACCCCCUACAGGAUGGGGAGAUUCGAGCUCUCCCACAGGGUAGUUCUUGCACCACUGACAAGGGAGCGAUCCUAUGGAAAUGUUCCUCAGCCGCAUGCCAUACAGUAUUAUCAACAGAGAACAACCAAAGGGGGCCUUUUGAUUGCUGAGGCCACUGGAGUUUCAGAGACCGCUCAAGGGUACAAAGAUACUCCUGGCAUUUGGACAAAGAAGCAGGUAGAAGCAUGGAAGCCGAUCGUGAGUGGGGUUCGUGGGAAAGGAGGAGUAUUUUUCUGUCAGAUUUGGCACGUAGGAAGAGUCUCUAAUCAUACGUUUCAGCCUAAUGGGCAGGCUCCAAUUUCGAGCACCGAUAAGCCACUCAAACCUGUAGCGAGAGCAAAUGGCAUAGAUGUGGCUACAUUGUCAACUCCUAGGAGACUAGAGACUGAUGAAAUCCCUUCGAUCAUUGACGAUUUCAGGGUUGCUGCUAGAAAUGCAAUUGAAGCUGGAUUUGAUGGUGUUGAAAUUCAUGGAGCUCAUGGUUAUUUGAUUGAUCAGUUCUUAAAGGACCAAGUCAAUGAUCGUACCGACAAAUAUGGUGGGAGCUUAGAGAAUCGUUGCCGGUUUGCGUUGGAAGUAGUCCAGGCUGUGGUUGAGGAAAUUGGAGCUGAUAAGGUUGGGAUAAGGCUCUCACCCUUUGCAAAUUACUCAGAUGCAUCAGACUCAAACCCAGAAGCUCUAGGCCUAUACAUGGCGCAUGCGCUUAACAAAUUUGGAAUUCUCUAUUGUCACAUGGUGGAACCACGGAUGGUGAAAAUUGGUGAAAAGUUUGAAUCUCCCCAUAGUCUUCGCCCCAUAAGGGAUGCUUUUAAGGGAACCUUUAUCGUAGCUGGUGGGUAUGGAAGGGAUGAUGGAAAUAAAGCAAUCUCUGAUAGCUAUGCGGAUUUGGUUGCAUAUGGGCGCUUGUUUUUAUCCAAUCCUGACUUACCCCGGAGGUUUGAGAUGGAUGCUCCUCUCAACAAGUACAUUAGAGAAACUUUCUACAUCUCCGAUCCAGUUAUCGGAUACACUGACUACCCGUUUCUGCCAUCCAAUGUCUAAUUGGACCUUUCAGGAGUGAGCUCUCCCUCCUCUCAUAGGAGCAUCUACCAUGUGAACGGUAGUAUUAAAGGAAUAAGAUCGCCGGUUUCAAUGCUCAUGUGUAUGGACAUAGUAUGGAUAAAAUGUAUGCAAUUUAAGAAUUUCAUGUGGGAAGUGAAAAACUAAA